CAUCAUGUCCUGAGUUUGUCUGCCCGUUACAAAGGCAGUUUGAUCUUCAUUGAUUAACUCUCCAAUAAGGCGGAUGGGUUCAACAAAUGAUUGAAUAGGAAGCUGGUCAAAAAAACGAACAAACAACAACAACAACAAAAAACUUAAAUUGCAUUUUUAUUGAUAAAUAUCACAACAUUUUAAAUAUAAAAGGUUGAUUUUAAACCUAUGUUCAAGCUUACACAAUUAAAACAAUGACGGGUAAUUUGUUGUCACUGUGCCCUUAAGGUAGGCUCAAAAAUCAGCUCUGGACAUGACAUUUAAAAAUAAAAAAGACAUUGUUCACUUUCAUUAAUUUUUUUUUUUACACAAAUUGAAAUUUUGUUGUACAAAUUAGCUUAUUUAUGUGUUGAUCAACCAAGUAACUCACUGAACUUCAUUUCCCAGAAAUCCAUUCGCGCACUGCAGCAAACCCGUCGGACGCGCACACCUACCUUCCAGUGCCAACACAGAUGUGUCUGAAGGAGCGGAGCACGCGAGGCGGCGGCAGCAUCCGGAGCUAACCGAGACCGUUUCUCCGCGUGACUGAUCCGUGUAUGAAGCAUUUUCUUACAACGCAGAAAUGCUCAAAGCAGGCAGUACUAAAGCGGGGCUGCCCAAGCCAGGAACCCAGGAGCGGGUAAGACGCACCUCCCUGGCUUCUCCAUCCUCCACUUCUGCAGCCAUGAAGACCUCCAGAUUCUCCAGCAUGUCCGCCUCUGAUCAACGCAACAGCAAGUUGAAAAGAGCCAGCAGUGACGAUGCCUUAGCAAAGCCUGCUCAGGGAGCUGCUGCCUCAGGAUCUAGAAUGAAGAAGACUGUGACCACAGGAGCCAUCUCCGACCUAGCAGAGGCCCGCCCCCGCAGCAUCUCAAGCUCACAGAUGAUGAAGAAGUCUGGAAUCCCAGCUCCAAGAGAACCAGUCUCUUCUGUGAUCAGAGACCGGGUCUCCCUGAGGGAUCAGCAAAGGAGCUCUUCUGUUAAGAGGAUAGUCUCCAGUGUCAGCACCUCUAGUCUCUCCAGUUUGACAAAGCAGACGCGCAGUUCAACCAAGUCCCGUGUAGAUGCAGAGGGCCAGGAGAGGAGCCAUCUGGAGGGUCAGGUGAAGGAGCUGCAAGCAGAGACCAAAGCCAAAGACUUGGAGAUCAAAAGUCUCAAACUGGAGCUGCAGCACUGCAAAGCCUCCACAGCAUCUUCUGUAGCUUUAUCCAGCUGUGUCUUGCAGCAAGAAGCUGCGACUGCCAGACAGGAGGAAGAGACCCUCGUCUUAGUUGAGGAACUUAGGGAAAAAAAUAGGAAGUUUCAGAGAGAGUUGGCCGACCUUCGAGAAGAGAACCAGGCUCUGAAGGAGAAACUGCUUUGCUUGGAGGCUUCUCCUUCACAUAAUACAAACACAAGCUCCAAGCCUUUGGUGAACAGUCUGACAUCAGACUCCUCUGUCUCCUGCAGUCCUGCUCUUACUAAGGAGCCUACAUCCGCAGACUCCUCAGAGCUUGAGAAGAGACCGUCCCUCCUAGCGUUGGGGAGCAGUGGUGAGGUUGAAGAAGCUGUUGCAGGAGGUGCAGGCAGCAAUGCUGCAGGUCUGGGUCUGUCAGUGCAGACCCUAACAGAAAAGAUCAACAAGAUGGAGGAAAGCCAUCACAGCACAGCAGAGGAACUACAGGCCACUCUGCAGGAGCUGUCUGAUCAGCAUCAGGUGGUGCAGGAGCUCACAGCUGAGAACGAGCGUCUGUCAGAGGAGAAGUGCCUCCUGCAGACUUCACUGCAACAGCAGAGAGAGCAUGUGGAGGUGCUGGCCCAGAAGAAUGAAGUGCUUGCCUCUAGACUUCAGGAGCAAACCCAAGCUCAGACUCAGAGGCAGGAGGAGCUCAGCAAUCAAGGACCCAGACUAGCUGAGCUGGAGCAGCGGUAUGCUGAAGUGGUGGAUAGCUCUCGUUUUGAACGGGAGAAGCUAGUGAACAUCCAGGAGCAGCUGGCGGGCAGCCUGCGGGCCCUGGAGGAAGAGCACCAGGUGACCCAAGGUGAGGUGUGUUCCCUCAAAGAGGACAGAAAGAGACUGCAGGCCAUGUUGGAGCAGGAGAAGGAAAGCAAAGGUCAGGCGUCCCGAGCGGCAGAAGAACACAGGGCGACUGCAGAACAUCUGCAAUUGGAGAGCAGCAGGCUGAAGGCACAGGUGGACAUCGAGAGGCAAAAGGUUGCUGAGAUAAAGGCCAUGCAAAGGACUAGUGACAGCACGGAGCUGCAGAGCUUACUGAAGAUGGCCUAUGCUGAAAGGGACAGGCUGGAGGUGGUCCUGACGGAGCUGAGGCAGGAACUGCUUCAGGCCCAUGCUCAGACCGAGCAGGCCCGCGCCUCGCUGUCCAAGGUGGAACUCAACUUUCAAAAUAUUCAACAUCUGGCCGACACAAAAGAGCAGGAACUCAUUAGCAAAGUGAAGGUUCUGGAAGAAGCUGGGAUCCAGGCAGAGAACCAGGUGAAGGAGCUGAAGGAGACCAUCUUCGAGCUGGAGGACCAAGUGGAGCAGCAGAGAGCUGUCAACUGUCACACCAGCCAAGCUGUCCUUGACAUGGAGAAUCUCGUAAAGAAACUGGAGGAUCAAAAAGCUGAAACUGAGAAACAGCUGAAAACUCUAAGCAGACAAAUAAAGGAUGAAAAGGAGGAGUGGCGUCGGUUUCAGGCGGACCUGCAGACGGCGGUUGUGGUGGCCAAUGACAUCAAGGUUGAGGCUCAGCAGGAGCUACGAGCUCUUAGGAGGCAGCUGCAGGAGGAGCAGGGUCGUAGCACCAAGCUUUCUGCCGACCUGGAAGCCCUGCAGGGUGUCAGGUCACAAGGUGAUGAGGUGAGAGUGUCAGAGUCUGAAAACAGCCCUGUCUGGUGCGGCAUCUCUGUGAAUUCCACCACAUCUCUCGACGCCGGCACAGAUGCCAACUCAAAGCCUGGAGCUACCGUUAAAUCCCUCAUAAAGUCCUCUGAUACUGUUGGACAGAAUGGAGCCAUUCAGAUGCAGUCCUCAUCAAGAAGCCUGCUGAGUGGGAUCCCAGUCCGAACUGCCCCCGCCGCUGCCGACUCACCCAUCCAGAGACACUCGUACAUAAAACCACAGUCAAAAAUGCUGGAUAAAAGGAUUAAUCAGACAGACUUAUCCCAUUCUUGUGAUAAAAUGCUGACCUUCGGCGAGGAGUUGAGACCCAGCAGCCUAAUGAGGAAGAGUCCGUUUCUGGAGUCUGUCAUCAAAAGCCCUGCUUUGCUCAACAGCCGCACCGCAUCCUUUAGCUUCACCCGAGCUAACAGCAAGCUUAGGUUGCAGACCCCUACCCUACGCCAUCAAAAAGUCCCAAUUCUGGAGCAUCGUACUUGUGUGAUUGAUUGACUGAACUGUCCUGAACCCCAUGGGAAACCAGUGGAGGAUUGUGACGAGGAAGAUGAGCAAAAAAUGUUGAUGAACUGAAAACUGAACCCCGAAGUCUGUGCCACAUCGAUUCAAUGAUUCAGGAAAAAUAAGUUUUGACCAAAGUUUAGGAACUACACAUUUUCAGUUUGUAACAAUCCAAACAUUUCUGUUUUAAAAUGUCUUUUUUAAUUGGUUUAAGAUUAUAGUUUCACUCUGUAAGAUUCUGAAUGUUUUGACGUUUUGAUCAUCUGUAAGUCCUUAUCAGAAAAAUGGAAGUAAAGAGCUUUAAAAUAAAGCUUUAUUUCAUCCUACAUAUUUUUUACCUCUUUUUACUGAAUUUUAAAUAAGUAAACUACACAAAUACUCGUAGUUAUUGUGAAAUCAUCUUAAUGUAUGUUUAUGAAUCAUUUAUUUUCCCACAUUUUGGAUCUUAUUUGAGCUGAUGGAUUGAUUAUUUAGGAAGUGCAAUGUUCACUUUAAGUGUAGAAAACAUUUUUAGCUUGAACAAAUAUUAACAUGUUAGAUCAGUCCGUGUGGAAACCUGUGAGAGGUCAUGCCAACUUACACUCAGCUCUUCAUUUGCUGUGUUUACACAAUCCUAAACACCAAAAACCUGUUGCCACGGAUGUAACUUGUGCAACACUAACACUGUUGACAUGUUUAGAGUGGCUGUUUGACUGACGACAGAACGUCAGCCGACCCCCCCAUCCCCCCUUGAAUUUAGUUGCUGCACGGCCUCUUUGUACUUUAAGACAGCAGAGAAAUAAUGGAUUGAGCAGCAGCUCUGCGGUGACUGUCCCCGGCACAGCCAGCGUGUCUCAUGGCCUUCCCGUGGCCUGAAUUCAAACCGAAACCCCCAGAGGGAAAACCCUGCAAGGGGUAUUGCAGCAACGCAUUUAACACUGUCAGCGCUCAUAAGUUUAAUUUCAUCUUUGUAAACAUUUGAGUUCAAGAUCAAAUUUUGAUUUAACGUGUUCCACACACUCUCAAAGGCUGGCCACUCUCCAGUGUAACCAUGAACCAAACCUGAACUUUAAAACAAAUAAACUGAACUACAAGCACAUUUCACAUUUCUGAGAUAAAAAUCAUUCACAGCAGUAAAGAGAUGCCAGCAAAGAAGACCUUUUUAUUAGUCAAUUAAAUAUUUUCCAGAUUUUCCUUUUUAGGUAUUGUUGUUUUAAAGACCCCACAUCGAUGAAAAAUUACAGUUUUUAACAUGUUGUUCUGAUGGUAGACGACAUAUUUUUAAAAAAGCUGGAAUGGUUUACUUUAAAAAUAGUUUUCUUGUUGCUUGACAUCCAUUUUCUUAGUACUUCACAGCAUGCUUUUAGAUAAAAAUAUACAAGUUAGGUUAAUACAUUUAGAAUUAUAAAAAAAAAAAAAAUCACAAAAAAAUUGAGAACAAACUAUUUUCAAGUUUUACCACAAAGAUCAAAUCUAUAAACCAAAAAAAAAGAAAAAAAAUCAAGGUGAAAACUACAAUCUUCCAACAUCUUAAUGGGAAGAAGGAUGGUCCACUUCAUCAUCCGUUUCAAAUUCAAAAGGAUUUAAAUCUUUUUUCAACCUAUCCCAUUCAUCCAAAUACCUCAACAU